AUGUCCCAAAGCACAAUUAUCACCUACAUAACUGGAAACCAACAAAGAGCAGAGCUGUUGUCCCUCAAGCAACACACCGUGAUCACGGCUCAGCCCGGCAGCCCACGACAGCCUUCCUCCUCCGAGAUGGAGGAGGAGGCCAGCCCAGCUCCCAGGUCCAAACCGCGCUACACAGGACAGGUCCGUCUCUGCACUGCCCGUUACAGUUAUAAUCCGUAUGAUGGACCAAAUGAUCAUCCUGAAGCAGAACUCCCACUUGUGGCUGGGAAGUAUCUGUAUAUUUAUGGCAACAUGGAUGAUGAUGGGUUUUAUGAAGGAGAGCUGCUGGAUGGCCAACGAGGACUUGUCCCUUCCAAUUUUGUGGAGUUUGUGCAAGACAAAGAUAAACCAGCAGCAGGCGAAAGAGGAGAGGAUCUGGGAUCACUGGACCAUUCAUCAGCCCUCAGUAUUAUUGCAGUGGACAGUUGUUCAUCACAGGAGGGCCUCUUGAGCUCAUGCAAAGCCUUGGUCCCAUGUAGCAAUGGGACAGGAGAGACCCUGGACCCUGAGGACCUGGCCGAAGAUGUAGUGCCUUAUCCCCGUAAGAUUAAUUUGAUAAAACAGCUGGCACGCAGCGUCAUAGUGGCCUGGGAACCUCCAAUAGUGCCUUUGGGCUGGGGGAACAUCUCUGGAUACAAUGUAUUGAUUGAUGGCGAACUUCGUGCUAGUGUCCAAUAUGGCGGCAGAACCAAGUGUCUUCUGGAGAAGUUAGAUCUGGACGGCUGUGUUCACCGCGUGUGUGUACAGUGUGUCACUGACAGAGGCUUUUCUGAUGAGCUGCGCUGCACUUUACUGGUUGGGGCCAACGUCGUGGUGGCGCCUUCUGGACUGCGUGUGGAUGACAUCCAGCGGGACACUGCUGAGGUCUCUUGGUUGCCAAGUAACAGUAACUAUGCUCACACAGUGUUUUUAGACGGGGUGGAGCAUGCCGUGGUAAAAGCUGGAAGAAACAGAUUACGUUUUCACAACUUGAAGCCCCUCACAGUCUAUAAAGUGAUUGUGGUGGCACAGCCGCACCAGGUGCCAUGGCAACUGCCUCUCGAGCAGAGAGAGAGGAAAGAGGCUGGAGUGGAGUUCUGCACACAAGCAGCAGGUCCGAUUCUAUUUUGCAGAACAGGCCCACCUCUACCACCGCAGGAUGUACAGGUGCAAUGUGGGCAAGCCCCAGGGGUCUUGCAAGUUCGUUGGAAGCCCCCCAUGCUCUCCCCCGCUGGUACCUCCAAUGGAGCUAAUGUCAUUGGUUACGUUGUAUGCACAAAAGGGCAGAAGAUUGCUGAGGUCAUGUUCCCUAUGGCAGACUAUGUCAGCGUUGAGCUGAACAGGAUCCAGUGCCUGGAAGCGAGGGAAGUUAUUGUCCGGACACUGUCUUUACAGGGAGAGUCCCAGGACUCCCAAGUCGCUGCCCCCCGCCUCACGCCUUGCCGCACCUUCAGUCACCACACCUCCCUCACCCUCAACCACAACACCUCCCUCACCCUCAACCCCAACACCUCCCUCACCCCCAGCCACAACUACCGGGACCUCCUUUAUCACAAGGACAGCCACCCCCAGGCCCACACCCUCCUCAUGGGGACCCGCGGCUUCAGGGCCCUCAUCCUCCUCAUGGAGACCCCCGGCUCCAGAGCCCUCAUCCUCCUCACGGAGACCCUGGGCUUCAGGGCCCUCAACCUCCUCACGGAGAUCCCCGGCAUCAGGGCCCUCACCCUCCUCAUGGGGACCCUCGGCUUCAGGGUCCUCACCCUCCUCAUGGAGACCCCCGGCUCCAGGGCCCUCCCCCUCCUCCCCAUGCACAACCCCACCCCAGGCUCCCUCAUCCAGGGGGCCCCCCACAAGUGCAGAUGCGACCUCCACACCCAGUGCAUCUGCAGUCACAUCCGCCUCACCAGGGUCCUCGGCCACAGCACCAACUGCCUCUGCUCCCCCAGCACGCACCCCACCCGAGGUCAGCCCAACUGGGACCCGCAGCGAUCGCCCUCUGCGCAGCCACCUCUCCAAGGCCACACUCUAGAAGCCCCUCCUCACCCCAAUCCUCGGUCGCCUUCCCCACAGCGGAUCCUACCGCAGCCACGUGGAACACUCAUCCCAGAUACUGUUGCCAAAGCUAUUGCCAGAGAAGCAGCACAAAGAGUGGCAGCUGAAAGUGGCAAGCAGGGAGAUAGGAGGCUAGGGAGAUAUGGAGAGCAUGGCCCAUCAUUUCACCCACACCACUCUGAUGAAGAGGAGGAGGAUGAGGAAGGCUUUGGCCGCGGCCGACGGAGGGGGCCCUCAGUGGAUGAGUUCCUGAGAGGAUCGGAGCUGGGAAGACCGCCUCACUAUAGUCACAAUGAGGAGUAUCACAGCGAGAGCAGCCGCGGCUCUGACCUGUCUGACAUCAUGGAAGAGGAUGAGGAGGAGCUGUACUCUGAGAUGCAGCUGGAGGAAGGACGCCGGCGCAACUCGCACAACACGCCCAAGGGAAACAAUGCAGGUCGACAUGACCGCGAGCCAGGCCGAAGAGUCCACCACGGUUGUCCUCAGAGACGGCCCCUUAUGGUUCCCUCCAUUGAUGGCUACAGGGAACGAGAUCGCCGCUCACCUUAUUACGACGAGUCCGAGCCCGAAGAGCCUUUCCGAAUAUUUGUGGCCCUCUUUGACUAUGACCCUUUGUCUAUGUCGCCAAAUCCUGAUGCCGCAGACGAGGAACUCCCCUUUAAAGAAGGACAGAUCAUCAGGAUCUAUGGAGAUAAAGACACAGAUGGUUUCUACAGAGGAGAGAUGAGGGGCCGGAUGGGGCUCAUUCCUUGUAAUAUGGUGUCUGAGAUUCGCGCAGAGGAUGAGGAAACCAUGGACCAACUCAUGAAACAGGGAUUUCUUCCCCUCAGCACUCCCGCAGAUCGAUUAGAGCACAACAGAAAAGGCCUUCGCCGCGACCAGGCUUCACGGAGAAUGGUAGCGCUGUAUGAUUACGACCCUCGAGAAAGCUCCCCUAAUGUAGACGUUGAGGCCGAGCUGACUUUCUGUGCCGGGGACAUCCUCGCUGUGUACGGAGAUAUUGAUGAAGAUGGCUUUUAUUAUGGCGAGAUGAAUGGCCACCGCGGUUUGGUUCCCUCUAACUUCCUGGAAGAAGUGCCUGAUGACGUGGAGGUGUAUUUAACUGACACUCCAUCCCACUACCCCCAGGAAGAGCCCGUCCACCGGCCCCCUGCCAACUCCACCACCAGCAGCACGGUCCCCGAGGGCAAACGGGUCGCCUCUGAAGCCUCCGACACCGUCAUUAACAACGCCACUCCGAUCCGGGCGCCAUCACCCAUCAGCCGCCCACUUCUCCCCGGCACCAUGAGACCUCUGAGCCCAACCAGAGCCCACCACCUCCCCAUGGACCGCCGAGACUCACCAGAUCUGAACAGGAAGAAGAAGGGACUGCUGUCUAAAGGCAAAAAGCUGCUCAAGAGACUUUCCCCUGUGAAAUAG